GAUGAUUCAGAACAAAAGCCCUUGGAAGUACUUUGCAUAUCACAGGUCAAGGCGGGGUUAGGCAGCGUAUAAAUGAUCCAAAGAACGACUGUAGAUCAGUUCUGCUCUCAUUCACGUCAUUGCAAUGGGAAAAAAAACUUCGUCGCCGCCACACGAAAUGCAGCCCAGAUACCUGGACGGAGCUCCGUACCCGGCUUUCAUCCCGUAUCCUCGAGCCCUUCACCCGGCUCCGUCUUCUUGUCCGGACACCACACGCCAGGCGGAGUCUCCUGUCAAGAAGCGGCCCUUCACGGUUGAGUUCCUGCUAUCCAAUUCUCCCCCGAAGGUCGGGCGCAGGCAACCCUCGGUGUGUCAUGUACCCGUAUAUCCCGAGGCUGGGUGCGGGGAUUAUCCUGUUCCCGGGAAUUAUCCCGUUCUCUUCCAAGGUGCAGGAUACAGAGGGCCGCUUUACAGCGCGUGGUGGAAUAUGUACUGUCCAGGCUGGAGAGCCGGCCUGCCUGUUACGACCCACUCGAUUCCGGUGAUAGAUCGCAAGGCAAAGCGUUUCAGGGCUAUCUUCACUCAGGAGCAGUUAGCUGUCUUGGAGAGCGAGUUUAAGAAACACCAUUAUAUAAUCGGCCCUCAGAGAGUGGCCUUGGCUUCCGCCCUGGGAUUGACCGUCCUCCAGGUGAAAGUCUGGUUCCAGAACAGGCGGAUCAAAUGGAAAAAGGAAGUCGAAAAAAGUCAGCAGGUUAAAACUGCAGGGAGCGAGUCCCGAGGCAAGAACGAAGGUGCAGCCGCCGAGGACGUUUCCACCACCGAGCGACUCUCAAGCGAUCUCUCCAAAAACUAGAAGCUCCCGGUCUGCUAAAUCUGUUGCGUUGGCUCCGGGGCUCUUUAGAAGGCGUCCUAGUUGUAAUGUUUUUUUUUAUGAUAUAACGAAAGACAAAAACUUGCUAAACAAGACUGAUGGCAUUGUCAACCUUUCCCUCCGUUUUAUGGAGAAGCUGAUUGUAUAAAACACGGACUGACCUCACUCGCCAACAUUGCUUAGACUUUCGCUGUGGGAUCCAUAUGCGACGGGUUUACCAGCGGCGCAAACGUUGCGGUAAUAAACUGGAAUUGACAGUUAUUAAAACGUCAUCGCAUGUGAUUGUAUCUUAUCAGAGUUCCGAUGGCGGUGUCAAUAAUUAAAGUAGCUGAUCCAUCGGAAGUCGCUCUUUGCGCAGCUGUUCUACCAGCCCCCGAGCGGGGUAAGGCAACGAAAGAGCUCUGGAGACGGCAAGGGAAGAGACUUAUUUCUCCAGAUUCAGCGACGGUGCAUGAAAAUUCACUGAAUGUAGGAACUCGAUGUUCCCACUUUUCAAUAUCCCUCAAUGACACUGAUUUUCAGAUCAAGAACAAAUCGACAUUAGCCAAUGAGAGGAUAGGUGGGAUGCUGGGGCUCCAGCUCUUGGUAAAUUUGAGGACAUAUCCUUCUGUUUCAGAACUGGUGCAAGUGAUGAUGAUCAGAAUCUUUGAACUUUCUUGCCAAAUGAUAAACUUCUGUUUUGAGGAUGGAUGGCUUGAAUCAAUAAAACACUGUAAUGUUAAAUAAAAGAGAUGCUGGAAAUACUCAGAAGUCAAGUCAACCACAACACCGCGAGAAAUGUU